UUUUGAGGGGUUAUGUCAUAUUAUAACCAUAAAAGUUUAUUUUGUGUCGUUUUUAAAGUAAUAAAAAAGCCAUGGUGAACGUUAUGAAAGGAAUUUUAGUUAAAUGCGACCCAGCAAUGAAACAAUUCUUGUUGCAUUUAGAUGAAACGAUGAAAUUGGGGCGAAAAUUUAUAAUUCAAGAUUUGGACGAAGGGCACCUUUUUAUCUCCGCCGAUAUAUUGGAUAGUUUACAAACGAAAAUUGAUGAUUUAAUGGAUCAAAUUAGUUACCCAAUCAGCGAAAAGGAUAACAAAUAAAAAUUAACCUAAAAAAUUUAUUAUUAUGUCCGCAAAACCCGUUCUGCGCGGAUCGCAACGUUACAAAGAAGGCGAGAAACGAAGAAUCGUCGAUGAAACAUCCCGAAAAAGGCGGCAUAAAAAGUUUUUGGAGAGUCUUGAAAUGGAUAAUUUUCACGAUGAUCCUCACGCCGAUUUAGUCAUGAGUAAAAAGUUGCCGAAAUUUGAGGAUAAUCUUGAGUCGAGAACGAGAAGUAAAAAGAA